CUCCCAGAUACCCUUUCCCCUCUUCACCCUUUAUGGAUUUCUUUACUUUAACUUUUAUUUUAAGUUUUUGUUCUUAUUUCUUAGUGCCUUUGUACCCAUCGAGGCUGCAGUCCGCAGUACGGCUGGAUUUAUUUUUAUUUCCUCUGCGUCAUGUUCACGACCACCGGCUCAAGGGGACUGUAUAAAGCCCCAGUGUCAAAAAGCCUGCUGCUCAUCCCAAGUGCUGUGGCCUUCCUGCUAACCGUGGUGUUCCCACAGUACCAGAGCCUGUUCCUCUAUAACCUACAGGCUGUCAGGCAGGAGGGUCAGGUGUGGAAGCUUGGAUGUGGCAGGUUGUUCUGUUUGGACUUGAAGGACACGUUCUGCAGCAGCCUCCUCAUCUACAACUUCCGCAUAUUUGAAAGAAGAUACGGCAGUCGUAAAUUUGCUUCGUUCCUGUUUGGAACAUGGGUCCUCUCAGCGCUGGUGGAUGUCCUGCUUGCCGAAGCCCUAAACCAUGUCGUCCAUCUCAAAAUGGACAUUUUGCCAUCAGGACCCUUGGGCCUGGUCUUUGCCUUGUUUGUGCCUUUCUACUGCUCCAUUCCUCAAGUCCAGGUCACUCAGGUCCUCGGCCAGUUCCCCAUCACCAACAAAUCCUUAGUCUACAUUGUGGGCCUGCAGCUUUUAACAUCAAGCCCUGUUAUGUGGAUCAUUGCCCUGAGUGGACUGGUCUCUGGCGUGGUGUACCACAGUAAUGUCAUGAGAGUGCAGAGCCUCCUCUUUGUCCCAAAAUGGGUGUCAAAGAGCUGUUCCUGUUUCCUGGAGCCUCUGUUUGUGGGAACAGAGCCUACCCAUGAGUCUGCUGUGGGUAUGGGUGCCACUCUAGACAUUCAAAGACAACAGAGAAUGGACCUGCUGGACCAGCAGAUUCUUCUGUCCCAGUUCGCACAGAUGAGGAGAAACCGCCAGCAGCAGGUUGGCCUGAUCAACUGGAACCGAUUCUUCCCCUCCCUCCGUCACAGAGGGCAGAAUCACAAUCCUGCCCAGCCUCAGCAACCCGCGCAACCCGCACAUCCAAACCCCACCGACAACACCCCUGUUUCAGAGGAGCAGGUAGCUAUGCUAAUGGAGAUGGGCUUCUCCAGACUUGAUGCCCUGGAGGCCUUGCGAGCAUCCAACAAUGAUCUCAACAUGGCCACCAACUUUCUGCUUCAGCACUGAGGGAGGGGGGAGGGAGGAACGGGACGCCAGGGUGCGUAGUGAGGUAGCACCCAAACACACAGUCCCACCUCUCCAACCGGCCUGUUCUCUGAACAGCAUGGACGUUGGCACUGUGGAUUACUUACUUGUGAAUACGAUGUUAACCUCUGAAAGGAUUAACUAGUUGCACUGUGAGUGCAACGGUCUGGCUACUGAUGGCAGUCAUAGGCAAACACUUCAAUGGUUACUUUAGCUAAAUGGGUGCAAAUGCCUUGAUUGUCCAAGAUACUGGUGGUUAUUCGUGUUUAAUGAGCUCUGAUUGGCUGGCACCUACCUGUCAGUCACCUAAAUGCUGCUGGUUAAUAUCGUUUUGGCAGUUCCAGGGUGCUUCCUUAACUGGUUGCUGUAAUGACGGGAGAGGCUAUGAGUUGCUGAAAUCUCAGGGCUUGAAUCACCUUUGCCUAACAUGUUUAAACAACCCAAUCUCCAUACACACACAAACAUGGAAAAAUUAAACAUGUAGCCUGUGUUUGCCACGGACUGUGAGAUUUUUGCUGAUGUAUGAUUUUGGAGGAUAUCUUAAGCAAGGAGUUGAUAUGAAGUGAAUUGAAAUAAGUUACUACAAAGGAAAAAAACUUUUAAGGAAUUGAAUAUUUGUUGCUACUGUAAUUGUUUUGCUUGGAGAAAAUAAAAAUGGUACAAAGUUCCAUAUA